AUGUCCAAAAAUAUCACACCCGCAUCUUCAUACCUAUCCAAUGACUCUUCAUCAGAAGAGAGCCAAUACGCAAAAGACAUUGUGAUACCUGCCAAACCUAAUGAUUAUGAAACACUUUUCCGCAAAUUGGAUAUUGAAGAAAAUGGUCAAAUAACAUUUCGAGAUUUCACUAAAGCUAUGAGAAAGCUAAAGCAUCCCAUUAGUCAAAACCCUGAACUUUUAAAACAAGUGUUUAAUUCAUUUGAUGAGGAUCAAAACAAGAUUAUCGACUUUAACGAUUUCAAAAAGUAUUUGUCGACAACUGAUGAUCAAAUUUUAAAAGGUUUCAACAAGAUUGAUGAAGAUAAUGAUGGGAAAUUGAAAAAAGCCGAUUUUGUCAAGUAUCUAAAAGAUCAUUUGAAUCUCAAUGCAAGUCAGGUCAAUGUAGACUUACUUUUUAAACGAAUUGAUUACAAAAACGAUGGAUAUAUAACUUACGACGAGUUUAGGGAAUUUUUGAUAUUGAUGCCGCGAUUACACGGUUCAAGAAUACGAACAGCAUACACAUUUGUAGUGGAAAAUUUUGGGGUCAGUUCCGACGGUGAUGUCACGUUAAUCAAUCAAUUUCUUAAUGGAUUUGGAUUUUUCCUUGCUGGAGGACUAGCAGGUGUGGUAUCGAGAACAUGUACAGCUCCAUUUGACAGAAUCAAAGUGUUUUUAAUUGCCAGAACCGAUUUAACUUCAACCAUUCUCCAUUCAAAAGAGGAAAUAGCGCGUCAGAUUGCUUCUGGUGCUGAACAACACGUUAUUGAUCAAUUACGUGCUAAAUUGGCCCAUGCUGAAUUGGAAAAACAUAUACAAAUGACUAAAGCUACAACUUUAAGAGAAAAAACAAUUCGAUCUCCUAUAGUGCAAGCAGCAAGAACACUAUGGCUACAAGGUGGUAUCAAGGCAUUUUACGUUGGAAAUGGGCUAAAUGUGUUGAAAGUUUUCCCAGAAUCCGCGAUGAAGUUUGGUUCAUUCGAAGCAGCAAAGAGGUUUUUUGCCAGAAUCGAAGGUGUUGAUGAUGUGUCACAAAUCUCCAAAGUAUCGACGUAUUUGGCGGGUGGGUUUGGUGGUGUCGUAUCUCAAUUUGCCGUUUAUCCAGUAGAUACGCUUAAAUUUAGAUUACAAUGUUCGAAAUUGGAUAGUUCCCUACAAGGUAAUGCAUUAUUGAUCCAAACUGCCAAGGAUUUGUACCGAGAAGGAGGUAUGCGUGUGUUUUACCGUGGUAUAAUUGCUGGUAUCAGUGGUAUAUUCCCCUACGCUGCUCUUGAUUUAGGUACUUUUCAAACUAUCAAGACAUGGUUGAUCAAACGAGAAGCAAGAAGGUCAGGUUUAAGUGAAGAUGAAGUCAAGUUGCCAAAUUAUAUCGUAUUAUCAUUGGGUGCACUUUCUGGCUCAUUUGGUGCCACUGUUGUUUACCCUAUUAAUUCAUUGAGAACUAGAUUACAAGCACAAGGAACUUAUGCUCACCCGUAUACAUAUACUGGAUUCUUUGAUGUUUUUAGAAAGACCAUUGCAAGAGAAGGAUACCCGGGUUUGUAUAAAGGGUUGGUACCCAAUUUGGCAAAAGUUGCACCAGCUGUCUCAAUCUCGUAUUUUGUUUAUGAGAAUUUGAAAAACUUAUUUGGAUUACACAAUCAAGUAUAA